UGGUGCAUUGCCGAUCGAUCAAAUUCUCUCUUUUGCACACACAUUAUUUGGAUGUCGCGCGGUGUGUUUUACGAGUGCUUCACCUCGACGAGAAUUUCUCGCGUAGCUCGUUCUCUGUUAUAUUCGAUCUUUUUUGUUUUCGUUUAACAAUAAACUUUGUUUCGCGCUUGGUCGCGCGUCUUUUUUUUUGUCCCAGGUGAAUGAUUCCGUGUGUCAGCGUGAGAGAGAGAGAGUGUCGAUAUCCGUGUUACUAUAAACAACAUUUAUUCAGACUCGACGAGAGUAAACAUCAACACACAAUAUCGUGAACGGCCGUGAGAAGUGUGAAAGCGGUUGGCGCGAACUCUGUCCUGAGCGCUUCUGUGAGGAAUACCAUUAUAUAGUUGAUUCAUGAAUGAGCGUCGACAGGGGGACUGUGAAUAUGCUGCAUAAGCAUGGAAACAGGUCACACGGCGCCGUGUAUAAGGGCAGAGGCGCUUUUUUACAAUCCAUGUCGGAGUUCCCAGUGGACACAGCCGAAAACGGAGACAUGCAUACUGUCAUGGAGAACUUUCAGAAGAAAAACAAUCUGGUGACCGGCAGGACGCAUCACGUCACUCAUCAUCCGCAGGUCACCACCACAUCGUCGCAGAUGCUGACGACGAAUCAGAGCCAACAUCAGAGUAGCAGCAGCACCAGCACCAGCACGAGCAGCACGAGCAGCCGAGUGGCCAAAUCCUCGCAGAGGAUUCUCACCUCGUCCUCGUCGAGUGAGAUGAAAGCGAGCUCCAUGAAGAGCGAUCUGACGGAACUCAAACGUGGCAUAUCCGAGAUGAAGAACAUCUCGACGAAUUUCUCGCAGCGACUGCGCAGCAGCAUGGAGAAUCUCGUCGACAGAGACGGCAAUGGACCGGAAGAGACCGAUCUCACAGAACCGCUUGUGACAUUUCCGGACUCGGACUCGCCGCCACCUGUCAGCGAUGCUGUCACACUGACAGGCGGUUCCCCGUCUCAAUUGAGUUCUCUGAAUUCUUUGAACAAUCUUCAUCACGGCAUAAGCCCACCGAUAAACAUACCGAACAUAGCGAAUUUACCUGCUGGUCAGGAAACCAUGAAAUUCGAGCAGAAGAAGAUGACGAGCGCUUCCAAGACGAAGGUCGUUACGGAUGGAUUUAGCGCCGAGAAAGCGACGGCGAACAGCGCCGAGAUGAGGGCCCUGCAAACGGGCGACGUCUCGUACAAGGAGGAGAGCGCCGCGACGGCGGCGAGAGCGCGCGUCGAGCUCGACGGCGUCUCGGCGGAAAAGAGCAUCGCUGCCGCGAGGGAACAAAGAAGCUUGAAAGCUGGCGACCUGUCACAUCAGGAGAGUAAUAACGUGGCGGCGUCCACCAUGAAACUUCAAAGUGAUUCGUUCACUUCCGAGAAGAAAGCGAUGGCGGCGCAGCAGCAACGACAGACGGUCACGUCGAGCGGCAUCUUCAAUCACGAAAAACACAUGGCGUCGAGUUCGCAAUCGAGCAUCACGAUCGCGUCCAAGUCGGGAGUGAGUUCAUCCAAGUCGUCGAUGAUCAGCGCAGCGAGUGCGGUUAAUCAACUGAUGAACGGCAUGCGACCGCCAACGGCCGAGGACGAACUGCUAUCCUUGCCACUGGACGAUCUGGAUUUGCUGUGCUCCAAGUCGAAUCCGCAGGAUGUGGACUGCGCGAUCUCCAAGUACUGCAACCUGCUGGACAGCUUCGUGGAACGAUUGAAGGCGGGCGGGGACAGCGGGAAGAGCAGCACCAAGGCGCCGCAGCUGUUGAACAGGGUGAACGAAAUCAUUCGAAAGGCCUGGGCGGUGCCAACGCAUGGCCACGAGUUGGGUUAUACUUUGUGCAACACUCUGAGAACGCUCGGUGGUCUUGAUCUACUAAUGUCAAACUGCAUUGCGAACAAUCACGAGCUGCAAUUCUCGUCGGCCAGAUUAUUAGAGCAAUGUUUGACAACAGAGAACCGCGCUCAUGUGGUUGAAAACGGUCUGGAGAAGGUGGUGAACGUUGCGUGCGUGUGCACGAAGAACGCCAACUCGGUGGAUCACUCGCGCGUCGGCACCGGCAUUCUCGAGCAUCUGUUCAAACACAGCGAAGGUACGUGCAGCGACGUGAUCAGGCUGGGCGGCUUGGACGCGGUACUGUUCGAGUGUCGGAAAAACGACGUGGAGACGCUGCGACACUGCGCCGGGGCGCUCGCGAAUUUGUCGCUAUACGGCGGCGCCGAGAAUCAGGAAGCGAUGAUAAAACGUAAGGUACCAAUGUGGCUGUUUCCGUUGGCCUUCCACAACGACGACAAUAUUAAAUACUACGCCUGUCUGGCGAUCGCCGUGCUGGUCGCCAACAAGGAGAUCGAAGCUGCGGUUCUCAAAUCCGGUACGCUCGAUCUCGUCGAACCGUUCGUCACGUCGCACAAUCCUUACGAGUUUGCCAAGUCGAAUCUCGCGCACGCUCACGGUCAAAGCAAGAACUGGCUGGAGAGGUUGGUACCGGUGCUGAGCUCGAAGCGAGAAGAGGCCCGCAAUCUCGCGGCCUUCCACUUCUGCAUGGAGGCGGGCAUCAAGAAGCGACAGGGCAACACCGAAAUCUUCCGGACGAUCGGCGCUAUUGAGCCGCUGAAGAAAGUCGCCAGUUGUCCAAAUGCGAUCGCGUCCAAGUACGCGGCCCAAGCCUUGAGAUUGAUCGGCGAAGAAAUUCCGCACAAACUCAGCCAACAGGUACCUUUGUGGUCUACUGAAGAUGUUCGAGAAUGGGUGAAGCAAAUCGGUUUCGCCGAGGUCGCUCCGAACUUCGUAGAGAGCCGAGUGGAUGGUGAUCUCUUAUUGCAGCUAACGGAAGAGAAUCUGCGCGAGGACAUCGGCCUAACAAACGGCAUCAUGCGUCGCAGGUUCGCCCGCGAACUGCAGAAUCUGAAGAAGAUGGCCGAUUAUAGCAGCCGCGACACUGGCAACCUCAACAGCUUUCUGCAGUCCAUCGGCCAGGAAUUCUCGAUCUAUACAUACAGCAUGUUAAACGCCGGCGUGGACAAGGACUCGAUACGCAAUCUGUCAGAGGAUCAGCUGCUGACCGAGUGCGGCAUCACCAACAGCAUCCACCGGCUGAGAAUACUCGACGCUAUCAAGAAUAUGCAACACAAUCAGUUCAGUUCGUGCGAGGAAUCGCUUGACAAGUCGCUCGAUGUGUUCGUCAGUUAUCGCAGAUCGAAUGGUUCACAGCUGGCAAGUUUAUUGAAGGUGCACCUGCAGCUACGCGGUUUUUCGGUGUUCAUUGAUGUCGAGAGACUCGAGGCUGGCAAGUUCGACAACAAUCUGUUACAGAGCAUCAGACAAGCUAAACAUUUCCUCCUUGUGCUAACUCCCCAGGCUUUGGAGAGAUGUAUACAAGACAGCGAGUGCAAAGACUGGGUUCAUAGAGAGAUUGUCGCCGCGUUGCAAUCGCAGUGCAACAUCAUCCCGAUAAUCGACAACUUCCAAUGGCCGGAACCUGAAGAACUUCCCGAGGACAUGCGCGCGGUGUGUCACUUCAACGGUGUUCGCUGGAUUCACGAUUAUCAAGAUGCCUGCGUAGACAAAUUAGAAAGGUUUAUGCGAGGCGAGAUACCUGUGAGAUCUGAGCUCUCUGGCGGAAUUCCGCGCAGCAUGGCGCCCAAGGACGUGACCCAGCCGGGCACACCUGCCAGCACGAAUGUACGACAGCCGCCCAACUAUCAGCGGAUGCACAGCAACGAAAGCAGGGGCAGCGACAAGGAUUCUACAGCCAAGAUUGCGAAUCGCUCAAUGACAAUCACGACUAGGCUUAAAAAGUCGUCAAGUCCGUCUCGUUGGUUAAUGGGUCUGCCACCGACAUCGCCGCGUUUCAAGUACGUACACGCGGGAGUCAACAACAGUCCGGCAGUGCCACGCAGACCGCCGCGGCAACCUCCUUCGCCAUCGGCGCGUUCCCGCUCGUUGGAGUUGUUGGAUCAGCAAGAUCAAGAGCGAAAAUCGCCGAUUUCUUCCGCGAUCGUCCAACGACCACCGCUUCCUAGACCGAGAUCGCGAAGUCUGGACGGUCUGCUGGACGAAGACAUCACGACGAAAAAUGACGAUGGGGAAAAGCAAGAGACACAACAGCGUGAAAAGACUCGGGAAUGUACUCCGGCAAAUUCGGGCGAGGACAAAACCGUUCCUGUUUUGGAAGAAAAUCAAAAGAAGCCUAAUGUCGAAGUCAAGACCAUCAAGGACGAACCCAAACCCGCUCCCAGGACGAAGCCAAAAAUGUUCGACGUUGAAUCCAAAUCCGAGACGGAGGUCAUACAAACGUCUUCUAACAAGGACGAGAGUGAGAAAGAGACUGUGUCAACGCGUCCUUUGAAACCGAGUCGAAACUUCAGUUCAGACGGACAAUCGUCAGCGAUGUCUAGCAAGCAACACCAGGAACAUCAGAUAGAAGAGCAGAAAACCAGUCAGGCGAUGCAGAAAAAGCUAAUAGCGCAGGGCGGCGACGAGAACGACGAUUACGACGACGACGACAGAUCGACGAUGCUGUUGAAAGCAUCGAGAAGUUGUGGUGCGGGGUUAGACUCUGACGGGAGCGUCUCGUCGAACGAUUACGGCGGGCCCAGAACUCGCACGAAGACUCCAGGUUCGCUGUUAUCACUACCGGCGGGCGCGGAACCCAAACGCAAACGAAACUUUAUGGACAAGUGCGUGAACAAAGUGCGGUCAUUUAUGAAAAAGUAGAGCGCGAAGAAACUCUUUGUUAUUUAAUUCCGCAAUUUAAAGUAAGAAGAAGUAAAGCUUGCAAACUUUUUUUAUAAACAACGGUCAAAUUUUUUUAAAGAUUCUCUAAGAGACUGUGCGCGUACAAAUGACAAAGAAAUAUGCACACGCAAAAACAACGUGUGCAAAAGAGAGUUGAAAAAAAUUGUAAAUUUUAAAAUUCCAAAAAAUCAUUCAAAAAUUAUAUUCGUUUUGUGAAACACAUACGUUCAAAAAUUGAAGUUAAUUCAAAACUUGAGAGUCUUCAGUCUUUCAGACCGUUGUUCGCAGAAGUAUUCAGCGAUCGCCUUCGGCGAUCUUUCUGAGUUACUUCGUUUCUCUCUUCUUGUUUAUUUAAUUUCGCGAUGCGAAAGAGUAUUUUGAAUAUUGCGCGGACUUCGUAAAUCCGUUUCGUGUACAAUGACAGGCAGCAUGAAAGUAUAUAUAGCGAAAUGUUGUGCCUAAAAGCAUGCGACAAGUGUCUUCAUAAAAAAAGUCUUCGAGAUUUUUCAACUCGAGACACGCCUCGGGAAUUGGCCUGCUUUUUCAGGUGCCUUUUUGUAUUGUAUUUUUUUUCUCGUAGAAUUAUAUUGUAUAUUGUAUAUAUAUAUAUUGUACAAUUAAUAUAUAUAGAAAACAAACGUACGAAUUGUAAAAGGCGGCUAGAUCGUUAUAUUUGUAAUACUAUUUUUUUAGGCAGUUCUUUUCUUUUAGACAAAAUGUUUACAAGAAAAAACAAAACGCGUGUGAUUUGCGUAGUUCACGCAGUCGCGAAACAUGGUUGUUCUUAUUGCAGCUAACACUUGGAAAUGUUGUAUAUAUAUAUAUAUAUACACGCACAUACACAAGUGUACAAGGAGUUCAGUAGUGACGCGCGACUCGUCGACAUUCUUUCUUGAAAAUCUUCAAAAAGAUAAUUGAACGUUUUUCUUGACACUAUUUAAUUCAAUCAUAUUUUCUCACAACUCUUGUAACAUUUAUAUCGUUUUUCAAUCGAUCGUAGACCAUUACGCGUCUCGGUAUUUUUUUUUUGUGUCUAAAAACAAAUUGUGUGAAUUUUCGACAAAGAAUAUCGCGCGCGUGCGGCAAACGCGCUCAGUAACUAAGACACAUGAUAUGUAAUCGUGACUGUUUCUUUUUUCAGAUCGCGCAAUAUUUUAUUCUUUAACACUGUUAUUAUCGUAAUCGAUCGUCCGAUACGAUAUCUCUCGCCAGGAGAAUCAAAUCGGCGACGCUUCGUUAUGUGUAGUUUAAGAAAUCCGCCUGAUUCUCGCAAAACUGUAUAUUUUACCAAAGUUUCGUAAAGUUACGAAUUUUAUCGAAAUGUUUGAAUGUUUCUCAGAAAUAAAUUUUAUUUAGCAAAACAAGAAAUUUGCUGUUAUUUGUUCUC